UACCCACCCUUCUGUUCACCCGACGCCCAUGAGACCUACCGGAAGGUCAUGAACUGGCAGGAGACCCUCGUUUUUCCUCCCGAGGUGCCAAUCAGCGCAACAGCGCAUAACCUCAUUACCCUCUUUUGCACGGACGCCGAGAAACGUCUGGGCGCGGUGGGCGGUUUGGAGGAGAUUCGUAAACAUCCCUUCUUCGCUGGGGUUGACUGGAAGAACAUUCGGGAGCGACCAGCAGCCAUCCCUGUGCAAAUACGCUCCAUCGACGACACAAGCAACUUUGACGAAUUUCCCAAUGAGGAUCUCAGUUGGCGUAAGUACACAUACACAACCACCCACUUUUACUACGCUCAGGAAUCGUUCUGCGCGUGA